UCCCUUUGGUGGAGAAGCUGUUGGGAAUUACAUGCUCUAGGGGUACAGGAAGCUUUCCCUCCCACCUCCCUGCUGCAGUCACCUCUGCUGCUUAACACCCAAGAACACCAUCAGCAGAGGGAAUGUUCAACUACCUCCGGAAACGCUUUGCCAGCCACAUCACAGAACGAAGCCGGAGAAAAGCCAGGCUUGUUUCCAAAGAUGGAAGGUGCAACAUAGAGUUUGGCAAUGUAGAGCAGUCAAGGUUUGUCUUUUUGAUUGAUAUAUGGACAACUAUCCUGGAUUUGAGAUGGAGAUACAAAAUGACUAUCUUCAUUUCAGCAUUCUUAGGCAGCUGGUUUCUGUUCGGUCUCCUCUGGUAUGUUGUGGCCUACAUACACAAAGACCUUCCAGAAUUCAAUCCUUCCAUAAAUCACACCCCCUGUGUUGAGAAUAUCAAUGGUCUGACUUCAGCAUUCCUGUUCUCCUUGGAGACACAGGUCACUAUUGGCUAUGGCUUCAGGUGUGUCACAGAACAAUGUGUCACUGCCAUUUUCUUGCUCAUCUUCCAGUCUAUUUUGGGGGUAAUCAUCAAUUCUUUCAUGUGUGGUGCCAUCUUGGCCAAGAUAUCAAGGUCCAAAAACCGGGCCAAGACUAUCACCUUCAGCAGGAAUGCUGUCAUCAGCAAACGCGGUGGGAAGCUCUGCCUCCUCAUCAGGGUGGCAAACCUCAGGAAGAGUCUUCUCAUUGGGAGUCACAUUUACGGCAAACUCCUGAAGACCACCAUCACCCCAGAAGGAGAGACAAUCAUUCUGGACCAGGUCAACAUAGAAUUUAUCGUUGACGCUGGCAAUGAAAAUCUCUUCUUCAUUUCCCCACUGACUAUUUACCAUAUCAUAGACAAGAACAGCCCUUUCUUCCACAUGGCAGCAGAAACAAUUCUGCAGCAAGAUUUUGAACUGGUGGUGUUUUUAGACGGCACUGUUGAAGCGACCAGUGCUACCUGUCAGGUGAGGACAUCUUACAUCCCAGAAGAGGUGCUCUGGGGUUAUCGCUUUGCUCCCAUUGUGUCCAAGACCAAGGAAGGGAAAUACAGAGUAGACUUCCAGAACUUCAGCAAGACAGUGGCAGUGGAGAUGCCCCACUGUGCCUUCUGCCUCUACAAUGAGAAAGAAGCUAAAGCCAAAGAGAAGAAAGGCUAUGACAACCCUGGUUUUGUCUUGGCAGAAGCUAGCGAAGCCAGUGACACAAAGAUGUAGCUCCAAACCUUUAUCAGACUGCACCUUCCUGCAUAACUAAUUCAAUCUUGAGAGGAUUAAUAACUUAGUAAAACAAAUAACAGGUUUGUUUUAGCUCUACAACAGCAUCUAUCUUUUCAAAAGACUCAAAUCAGAGAGGACCAGCAUACCAGUGAUCAGCAGAAUACUAUUUAACAAUGCUUUGUAUUUCAUAGAAUUUAUAUUUUUAUAUCUGUGGGACAUUUUAUGAAGCUGCUAAGUUGGAGCGUCCAACUCACUCAAGCUCCCAGAGGCACAUCAGUUUUACUAAGCCUGGAAAGAGAAACUUUAAGUCAUUCCUAAGGAGCAAAGCUGUCAGAAUGGGAGUAUGAGAAGGACAGACAGAAGACCAAACUUCUCCAUAAGGACCAAAGAGACAUAGAAGCCAAAACCUCACCAGAAAUGCAUGUCUCUCAUUGCCAAAGCCCUCUGUGGAUGCAGACUCUUUGGCUCCAGACCUCUUAAGCACUUUUGAACAAUUUGAAAUAACUCCUUCUUAUUUUGAGCUGACACGCUUAUGGAAAUUGAGCACUAAGGGGUGGUACGUGUUUAGGAAGGGAUUGUGAAGAGAAAACUAUGCCAUCCUCCUGCACCUACAACUUCAUAAAGGGUUCUCUUCUGUGAAAGUCUUGAUUGCUUAAGGGAAAAUACCAAAUGGAAAGUGAAAACAAGCACAAGUAGAGACACCUGUUGUAAGAGAAGAGGAGUUUUACAGCUUAUUCUUAGUUGUUUAACUCUCCAGAUUCCCCCCUGCCCACUUCCCCCAGGAGGCAGCUGCUGUGAUACUGAGAAGUCUCAGAAGGCGAUGGGCCAGGGGGAAAGCAAACACAGCGGGGAGGUGAAGGACACACACACUGCAUCACACCUGGCAGGAGAGUGAUCCUCAGGGAGAAGAGAGGAACUUCCCAGUGUGAGGUACAUCUUUGAAAAAACUCACAACACCAACAAUACCUUUCCUUAAAGCAUAAAUGUAUCGCUACAACAAAAGCACAGUGAAGCACUGUAACACAAUGGAUACUAGAGCAGUGACAACAUAGUAGCAAAGUCCUGGGCUGCAGUAAGUAAGGACAUGCUCAGUGCAACAACUGUAAGACAGAAAUAAAGGAAAGAAACCGCUUACCUUUAGAAGGCCUCAGGUAUGAAGGGAUCUCCAGCAAGAUCCCCUCACCUCCACUGCCAACCCUUAGAUGAGGGCUGGGAAGGGGUGGAUCCUGGCUGCAGCCCUUCCAUCACUCAGCACAUUGCAUGCACCUGAGCUGCCCUGGGCUGGCCCUGCCUUCCCCCCAGGUGCUCCAUCACUGCUUCAGGCUGUGACUCGGUAUUGCCACUACACACAGUAAAGAUGCUCAGGAGCCCCCACCAAAAGAGCUUCACAUCCAGUUUCAUAUGGUUUACCUCACCAGAACAGAACACACAUCUACAGCAGACAAGUCCUGCUCGUUGGUAACCAGGAGUACAUUUUCUUGCUUUAAUUUUUGGUAUUUAGGUUUCAAAUGCAGCAAAAACCUUCAAUAGCUUUUAGGUGAGUUCCAUCCAUAUCCUCACAGUCUGAUAUUUUUGGUCUCCUGAUGCUCCCAAAGAAGUUCUGCUGAGAGUUCAUAGGACAAAAGCGAGAGCUUUUCUGGGAACUCUUCCCAGUGAUAUAAUUCAGACCAUCUAUUUUAAACGCUGGUAAAAUAGAUGUGCCUUUUUUAAAUGCAGUUGGAUUGAGGGGUUGUAAAAGAAAGGCACAACUAAGUGGUCAAAUAACCAAGACAGUAUUGUGAAUGGACUGAGUGUAGGAAUGAAGAUCUGGGAGCCGAGGGAGUUCAGUCCCAGUGGAGCAUCAGCCCCUCUGGUGGUUCAGAACAAAUCACUUUGGUGUGAAUUUCCAAUUUGCCAUCUGUAAGAUGGGAUGUGAGGUUCUCACACUGUACAAAGAAUGAUGUUAAGAACAGUUAUGUCACUAAAGCACUUUAAAAGCCA